AUGAAUACCAAUAAUAAAAGGCCUUCUUUCACUAAUUUUCCUAUACCUUUCGAUCAUCCAUACACUAUACCCGUAUUAUCAAUUGCUGUUGGAGCUUCUGCAUUAUUCUAUUAUUCCUUACAAGCUCAACAUAAAGCCGAACUGAGGGAAGCAGUUCGAUUAGAGAUCAUCAAGAAACGAAAAAAACAUUUCUCGAACAAUAACAGGGUAAAGAGAUAUGCAAGCCUGAAAAUUGACGGUCAAUAUGUCAACCCCUUCGAGGAAUGGCAGCCAUCGGCAUCAUCUUCAUCUUUAAUAAGCAAGUUUCACACGACCUGGACUUACUUCAAGCGAUUGCUACGGAAAGAUACUAUGGUAAUAAAAACGCAGAUAUUGUCGACAAUAUCUCCCUUAACAAAUAAGUCAUCACAACAACGAGAAAUUUCUUCAUUCACUUGGCUUGGGCACUCUUGCUGUUUAUUCGACUUGCGGAGCGGUAUAAAAAUACUUACUGAUCCUAUUUCUUCGAAGCAAAUUCCCUGUCAAAUCACAGAACUCUGUAGAAUUAUCAAUAGUGUUCUUGUCACACAUCAGCAUACGAAUCAUCUGGACGAAGACACAGUAUUGAAGAUAGGAAAUGGGGUUACUUGGUAUAUUCCUUUGGGAUUAAAAUCAUGGUUUCUUCACAGGGGAAUUGAUAACGUGAUUGAAAUGGAUUGGUGGCAAGAGACUCAAUAUCACAAUGAGAGGAGUAAUAGUAACGAGGAGAUCAGUAUCAUUUGUGUACCUGCUAUGCAUGAGAGUAUUGGUGCUAGCAGUAGGAAAAACGAGUCAUUAUGUGGUAGUACUGGCUAUGUGCCCAAUCUAUUCCACGCAAUUUUUGAUAAAUAUGGUCCUUUCACGCUGGCCACUUUACCUAUGGGAGAUUCAGGAGAUAAUUCAACCUCAUCACUUAUUCAUAUGAAGCCUGAGGAUGCAUUAAAGGCGCAUAUCGAUUUAGGACCGCCUACCUUGUCUGUUGGUAUACAUUGGAGCUCUUCUGAAAGUACAAGUACAACUGAAAUGACAACAAAGGGGGGCCCUCUCGAUUAUGCACAAACUUAUGAUCAUAAUGAAGGUAGUGAUGGGUUAAUAGCUAUGAAAAUUGGACAAACUAUUUUCCUUGACAACUAG